AUGCAAUUCUUCUACACCGUCGCAGCGGCCCUCUUCAUGGCCAGCUCCGUCUCCGCCGGCCUGGACUGCUGGGGAUACUGCCAGUGCUUGCACAACGACGGCAGCCAUUGCUGCGUCGACACCACCUAUGGAGCAGCUGCCAACGGUGGCACCGCGACCAAGUCCGGGGAGGACUGCGAGGCCCGCUGCGGGACCCGCCAAGUUUAUGGCAAAGACGGCAAACCCGUAGGCUGCGGCAGCAGCAAGUGGAGCUGCGUGUCUGGCUGGAACGGACAAUUCCGCACUGCUUGUGUUCCAGAAUGGGUUCAGCCCACCAAGAGGGAGCUCGGACAGGAGGAGCCUCGAAGCAUUGAGGCCAAGCCUAUGGGUCAGGCCUGGCCUAAGGUCGAGUAA